AUGGCAGUCCCUGAGUUCUGGAGCCCACAGUGCAGGGCACUAUGCACGAAGCUGCUGCUGACCCUCUGGGUCUUCAGUUUUGUUGGUGAAGCCUGUAAAAAGGUGACAUUUCAUGUACCUUCAACACUAGAGGCAGACAAGAUCAUUGGAAGAGUUAGUUUGAAAGAGUGUCUCAGCUCGGCAGAUGGCAUCACACCAAGUGAUCCUGAUUUCAGAGUUCUAGAUGAUGGUACAGUUUAUCCGACCAGAGCUCUUGUAUUGUCUGAUGAGAAAAGAUCUUUUACCAUUCAGCUUUCUGAUUCAAAGAUGCAGACACAGAAAGAGAUCACUGUAAUCCUGGAGCACAAGAAGGUACUGAAGAAAAGACACACUAAGGAAACUGUCCUCAGGAGAGCCAAGAGAAGAUGGGCACCCAUUCCAUGUUCGAUGCAAGAAAAUUCCUUGGGGCCCUUCCCAUUGUUUCUUCAACAGGUUCAGUCUGAUGCAGCUCAGAACUACACAGUCUUCUAUUCAAUAAGUGGGCGUGGAGCUGAUCAAGAACCACUGAAUUGGUUUUUCAUCGAGAGAGACACUGGGAAUCUAUACUGUACUCGGCCUGUGGAUCGUGAGGAAUAUGAUGUUUUUGAUUUGAUUGCCCAUGCAUCCACUGCAGAUGGCUAUACAGCAGAUUUACCUCUCCCACUGCCCAUCAAAAUAGAGGAUGAAAAUGACAAUUACCCUCUUUUUACAGAAGCAAUUUAUAAUUUUGAAGUUCCAGAAAGCAGUAGACUUGGUACUGUAGUGGGAACAGUUUGUGCCACCGAUAAAGAUGAGCCUGACACUAUGCACACACGCCUCAAGUACAGCAUCUUAGAGCAGAUUCCACCAUCACCUGGCCUCUUUUCUGUGCACCCUGACACCGGCGUCAUCACCACCAUCUCUCACUACAUGGACAGAGAGGUUGUGGACAAGUACAAACUGAUAAUGAAAGUCCAGGACAUGAAUGGCCAAUUUUUUGGACUAAUCAGUACAUCAACUUGUAUCAUAACCGUGCAAGAUUCCAAUGACAAUGCGCCCACAUUCAGACAAAAUACUUAUGAAACUGCUGUGGAGGAAAAUACAUAUAAUGUCGAAAUCUUGCGCAUACCUGUAGAUGAUAAGGACCUGAUUAACAGUGCCAACUGGAAGGCAAAUUUCACCAUCUUAAAAGGAAAUGAAAAUGGAUGGUUCAAAAUCACAACAGACCCAGUGACAAAUGAAGGUGUUUUGUGUGUUGUGAAGCCACUGGAUUAUGAAGAAAAUCGUCAAGUGACCCUAGAGAUUGGCGUGAAUAACGAAGUUCCAUUCAUUAAAGAUGUUGCAAACCGAAUUCCCACCAUGAAUCGGGCUGUGGUUACAGUCCAUGUGCGGGAUCAGAAUGAGGGGCCAGAAUGCAAGCCCCCAGAGCAAUAUGUGCGGAUCAAAGAGAACUCAGCAGUUGGGUCUAAGAUCAAUGGCUACAAGGCCUACGACCCUGAAACCAAGAAUAGCAAUGGCUUAAGGUACAAAAAAUUGCAGGAUCCUAAAGACUGGGUCAGCAUUGAAGAAGUUUCCGGGUUGCUUACCAUAUCAAAAACCCUAGACAGAGAAAUCAUGGCUCCAAGAAAUGAUGUAUACAAUAUUACAGUCAUGGCAAUUGACCAAGAGGGUAAAUCAUGCACAGGAACACUUGCAGUGAACAUUGAGGAUGUGAAUGACAACGCACCAGAGAUAAUUCAAGAUUAUAUUGUCAUCUGUAAGCCAAAGAUGGGGUACACGGACAUUUCAGCUGUGGAUCCUGAUGAACCUAUUCAUGGCCCUCCCUUUCAGUUCAACUUGGCAAACUCCUCUCCAGAAGUCAACAGAAUCUGGACCCUCAACCAAGUUAAUGAUACAGCUGCCCGCCUGUUCUAUCAGAAAACUGCGGAUGUUCAAAUAUACAACGUUCCUGUUACUGUAAAAGACAGAGCAGGCCAAUCUUCCACCAAAAUCUUGAGAGUUAACCUGUGUGAUUGUACUCAUCCCAGUCAAUGUCUGCUCAGAUCAAGGAGUGCAGGAAUCACCCUGGGGAAGUGGGCCAUCCUUGCCAUCUUGCUGGGCAUUGCUCUGCUAUUUUCGGUACUGCUAACUUUAGUAUGUGGAGUUGUUACUGCCCAAAAAGGAAAACAUUUUCCUGAAGAUUUAGCACAGCAAAACUUAAUUAUAUCAAAUACCGAAGCACCUGGGGAUGACAGAGUGUGCUCUGCCAAUGGAUUCACCACCCACACUGCCAACAACUCCAGUCAAGGCUUCUGUGGCACAAUGGGGUCAGGAAUGAGGAAUGGUGGGCAGGAGACCAUCGAGAUGAUGAAAGGACACCAGACCCUGGACUCCUGCCGUGUGGCCGGGCAUCACCAUACCCUGGAUUCCUGCAGGGGAGGGCACAUGGAAACUGACAACUGCAGAUAUGCAUACUCAGAGUGGCACAGUUUUACUCAGCCCCGACUCGGUGAAAAAUUGCAUGUGUGUAAUCAGAAUGAAGACCACAUCCCAUCCCAAGACUAUGUCCUCACCUAUAACUACGAAGGCAGAGGAUCUCCAGCUGGCUCUGUAGGUUGCUGCAGCGAAAAGCAGGAGGAAGAGGGACUCGACUUUUUAAACAACUUGGAACCCAAAUUUCUUACAUUGGCAGAAACAUGCACAAAGAGAUAAUGCCGCUGGGUUACAAUUUGACAUAGCCUUAUCAGACAUUCCAGAAAUUUGAAACAAUGCUACUGUAAAACAGACUCAGUACU